UAGCGCACGUGCAGUGGAUUAAAAUCACACGGAGUGAAGAUGGCGAUGCGAGCAGCGCUGCGGUGUCUGUCUGUGAACUUCUCACCCAGGCUGUCGCCGCUAGCGACUCGGUUCCAGUGGAGGAGCGGCUGUCCUCGGACACAGAGGAGCUCGUCGACCCUGUCCUCAGCCUUGAAGUUCACAGAGAAGCACGAGUGGGUACGAGUCGAGGGUAGAAUUGGGACAGUUGGUAUCAGCAAUUAUGCUCAGGAAGCGUUGGGAGAUGUGGUGUACUGUGGACUUCCUGAUGUUGGCCAGAAAUUUGAACAGAUGCAGGAGUUUGGUGCCUUGGAAAGUGUGAAGGCAGCCAGUGAGCUGUAUUCUCCUCUGACUGGUGAAGUGACUGAAAUCAACACAGAGUUGGCAGAGAACCCUGGACUUGUGAAUAAAGCCUGCUAUGCAGAGGGAUGGCUAAUCAAGAUGACUAUUGACAAACCAGAAGAACUGGAUGACCUUAUGGAUGAAGCUGGAUACGAUAAAUAUGUCAAAACAUGUGAAUAAAUGAAAACUCUGGGCUUUUUUUU